AGCUGUCAGCAGGUAUGGGGCAGAGACUGCAGAAAACCGAGGAGAAAUCUGGCUGGAGGGUGACAAAACCAGCUAGCCUAGACUCGGAGAAAUGAAGAAACUAAGUACCAAAGAUGGGAAAUGAAAUGGAAAAGUGAACCUUGGUUAAAAGACACACAUCUAGAGAGGAAAAACCCAUAAGGAGAAGGAAUGCCCAGUAAGAGAGAACUCUCUAAAGAUUGUAAUUUUCUGAAGAUUUUCCUGGAGGAAGCCAAACUGGAUUUCUCCUCUCUGUCAUGCCAAACCCAGGUGCCCAAGUAUUUCUUCAAGAAAAAUUUUUCCAUCAUUGACAGGAAAGAUGUCUCAACUUCUCUUACGAGGUCUAGAAAACAUGUGGAAUGCUACAUCAAAGAAGAAAAGAAAAAAAUGGAACUGAUAAGGAAAUGUAUAAAAAGAACAAUACAGCCUCUGGACCAGAUUCCAUCAUUCCUCAGAAUGGCCUCCACUGCAAACUCUCUCUUGAGUCAUUGCCAGUGCUUUCCUAUGGAGGUGCCAAGUAUACCCACAGGCCUUGGAACAGAAAACUGACAAGCCACUCUGGGGAAGACCUAACUUGAUGUUAUCCGUAAUAUCUACAACAAAGGAAGGUCUCUAAAUUAAAGGAGAGAAGAGUCAUUUGGAAGAACAUCCUGGACAGUCAGUAGGAGGGUCACAGGAAUAUCUAUGCUGGGGAAAAGUGACUUUUCGUAAGAAAGAAUGAUGGAGGCAGUAUCACUUUUGCUGGUGUAAUGAAUUCCUCCCAGUGAGCUCAAAAUCACUGAAUGAACCCCCAAACCACAGAGCCAUCUGAAGAAUGUCCCACUCCCACAACCUUAAUUGACGGGGGACAACAGAGAUGCUCAGGAAGAGAGAGAGAAGCAAGGAAAGCCAGAAAUCAAAUUUUAACCUGGUCCAGCACAGCUCCUUUCAGAAUGCAAGCUGGUAAAUUCACCUGAGGAUUCUCUCUCACAGGGGUUGCUAAUUACACAGCUAUUAUCAAUAUCAGGCUGUGAUUAUUUGUCUUACACAAAGUUCUUUUCUGAACUUUUUCAGCGAGGUUGGGGAAUCUGAUAGGUGGCUUUUGAAUUUUGGACUAGAAGUAAAAAGGUUGGAUCAAACAUGUCUGGACCUGUGACCUGCAAUGGAUAUCAUCUAAGAAGCUGCUAUGAAAGAGUCUCAGAUGAUAAACAACUAAAGGAUCCCAGAUUCAGCUUGGAAACAGUCAAACUCUCUCAUGGUCCUCUUAUGAGAGUCUCAGGGAGACAUCCACAAGGCUCCUCAGCAUAUAGCAGGGACAGUAAAGAUUGGAUGACUCCGGAUCACCUUCAGAGAUAUCCAAGCACAAAUGAGACUCUAUAUGUGACCCUUGAGGAGUUUCAUUUAUGGAAGGUCCUACAGGGAACACUGGAUUUGUCUCUUUGGAAGGUGAAAGUUGACUGGCAAAUAGUCCAGGACUCAGCAAUCAUUUCCUUCUUUGGUUCCCAGAAAGUGACUUCUAAUGCCAAGAUUGCCAUCAGUAAACUGUUGAUCCUUCUCAAUUCCACUGUGAGAAUGAAUCCAUGGCCUGGUCUUAUUCAAAAGCAAAGAAGGAUGAGUGGUUUCUUCCAGGUAGGAGAUGACCUUAAUCUCUAUCUCUGGGAAGGAGAAGCUUCCACUUUCCGAGCCUCUGUUACCAUGAGCAUUAGCAGUAGGCCACUGGACAGACAUAAUGAAGUCAAAGCAGUGCCCAAGGUAAGGGUGCUGAGGCAGCAUAUCCUGAAUAAGCGAGGUAUACCCCAGGUGCUCCUACAAGUGGUGCUGUUAUCUUCCUGGGCUGGACCUAGCUCAAGGAGGAAGCCAGCUUCUAUAGAUGGAAGCCAGGAGCUGACAGCCAGUGCAGUCACUUUGGCACUGCAAGCUGCAUCCCAAGAGAAAAGUGCUUCGUUGGUGAUCCACCCCACAGGUCCAGCAGCCCUAGCAAAGGGGAUCAUUCUGGGAGUCAAGGAGUUUAAGAGCGUUCAGCCCACAAGGAGCAGCCUGAAGAGUCUGACAAUUGCAGUAAAUGAUAAUGACUUUGUAGCUGAGUGUGAGGUGGAAUGUUGCAGGUGGUGGCCCCGUGGAAAGGAUCACCAUGUCCUCCUUCCCUACAUCAUGAGCUCCUGGGAAGCUGUAAUAACCCAGGUGGUGGUUGGAAGCCUCAUUAGCCAGAAAACAGAUGUGGUGGUUUUCCCUUGGAUUCUGGAACCCCACAAUAGGAGUUGGGUCCAGGAGACAUCUACCCAGGUCCAGGCAGCACUAGAGACCAUUCUUGAUGCCCAGGAUCUCCUCCAUGGAAACAUUAUCACCGUUCCUGCUUCCAGCUUGCCUGGUCUGCAUUGCCAGAUCCUAUAUAUCAUCUGCCUGGAUGCAAGAUUAGUUCAACGGCGCCUAGAAGUCAGCAAGCAGAUCAUUCAUCAGGUAGUCUGGAGCUGCUUGAACAAUUUCCUUGGCUCUUUUCUGGAAUCCAUCUCCUUUCCCAUGUUAGACCUGGAGAUUCCUGGGAAUUCUAACUCCUUGAACAUUAUGUUGGAAGAGAUUAAUGACUUCUUAAAACAAAAACCCAACACGUGGAUGAAACUAGUGCAGAUAAUUCAGCCGCUAAGAGUAGCCACUCCUCAGAAGGUGACUGAAGAUUUCAGGACCCCUCUUGAAGCCAUCAGUCUCUGUCAGAAAGAGGACCGAGCUUUCGUCCAGUACCUUAAUGACUCCCCAGCUGUUUUCCAAGAAUUUGAAGAUGAUUUAAGGAAGAUAGGCUGUGUUUUCCAAACUUGUGUUUCUUUGGGAGUGCUUAAAUUUAUAGCAGAAGGUGAACACUUAGAUCCCUCUAGCUGGGAGAAAGCUGUGGAAGAUGCUUUUCAGAAAAAUAAGAAGAGAUAUGCUGUUCACUACGAGUCCAACUCAGAUAUUCUAAAUGUUCUGAAGAAGCAACAAUCACUAGUGAAGUCUUUUACAACCAUACGAGAAUAUGAAGGCCCUUGCUUUGUAGGGCCAGCUGAGGAAAUGAAGAUGUUUGUACAACGUCUUCGGGAAAUGGCUUUCGAUAAAAAGUCAGUGUGUGUGAAACAUCCCAUUCUCCAUCUGCCUAGAUACAUGGUGGUCAAAAACACAAUAAGCAAGUCGCUCCUUCUUCUUCACUCUCCAGUAACUAUAACCUUGGAGGAAGAUCCUUUAGGUAUGAUUACUUUUCAGGGACCCCGACAGGAUGUGAUUGAGGUGGAAAGACAGUUUUAUAGUCUGCUGAGUGGUUUUAAGGAUUGGCCAAUCUCACUUUCUCCAUUUCAAGUGCAAUUUAUCCAGAGCCUCCAGGAAGAACUCUUCAAUGAAAAUUUUUUCCUUGCUAGAGAUAUUUUGGCAGUACUGAACACUUCUGAUGGAGUUAUGAUUUUGGGGCUUGACUUUGGAGAAUUGGUACAAGCAGAAGAAUUGCUGAAGACCCUGGUUUAUGAAAAGAAGAUUGAUAUAGGGGAAGAGGUCCAGUGGGCAGCCAAUAGUCUAGAAUGGGAAGCUCUACUUACAGCACUAAGUAGUGAAAAGAAAGUCACUUUCUAUAGUGUCAAAUCUCAGCAAGAUAUCUUGACUUCAGUGGUCAUAGUGGGCAGUAGGGUUGAAGUAGCUGAGGCAGAGCUCAAUAUUCGAGAAUAUUUGAUGAGUUAUUCAAUAACUGAAGACAAAAUUAUUUCCCCCCGACCGGAGCUGGCUGAAGCCAGAGAAAACCUACUUCGGAUAAUGAACUGGGGAGACUUAAAGGUGAAUAUUUGGAUUCAGACCAACCAUUCUACUUUAAUCUUGAAAUUAAAAGGACUGAGAAGACAUAUAAAAGAGGUCAGAGGAGUUGUUCAAACUGAUCUAGAUUCAUUGACUGUGAGAAGUAUCCCCAUAAGGCAGAGAGAAAUACAACAAUAUCUUUUGGAGAUUGGAGGUACAGUUCUUCUCACAUUUGCUGAAGAACUCCAAUGUUUGGUGAAGAUGCAAAUACCAGAGGAAACUACAAAUGCUUUGCUCUCCGAGGUCUCAGCCUGUAGGGAGGAAAGUGAACUGACAUCUGUCCGUGAGCUCCUGAAGAUUCUCAGAAGAUACAGAAAUGAACAUUUUACUCUUGGUAACUCUCCACUAGGACUGGUUCAGGUAUUAGGUAGGGAGAUGAAUUUAGCCAAAUUUCAAGAAGCUUUUGAGGACUUUAUGAAUGGGUUUUACAGUGAAACAUUCAACAGUGAUAAAAUAGUCACUUUCAGUGAAGACUGUCUUCAAGAGGUCUUGGAUCAAGGGUACUAUUUCCCUCUCAAUCUGCAUCGUCAUGGAAACCUCUUAAAGAUCCAGGGCUUUCAGGAAGAUGUGAAGAAAGCUGCCACUGCUGUCCAAACUCUCAUCCAGGAAGCUCAGGACACAGAAAGAGCAGAAGCCCUGAAAUCAGUGGUUCAGUGGAAGUAUGACAUUGGGAACACAGGUCUUUCCCCAUUCGACAAAACCAUAAACCUAAAGCUGGAAACAGCAUAUAGGAAGGAAGAAGAGAACAUUGAAAUCAUCUUGGAUUCCAGAAGAACCCAGGUCAACUUGAAGAAGAGAAAAGGUUUGGUGCCAGACACAGGGACAAUCUUUAAAAUAAAGCGGGAAAUCUACAUAUGGGAGAUGAGCAUCCCUGAGCAUUGGGAACCAAUGAAUGAUGACCCAGUGAAGAUUGUGAAACUCCCACCAAAUCUAGUGGAGUACCAGAGAGUAGCCAAGAAGUUCAAGCACUCCAUGGACAAGAGUACCAUCCUUAAGAUAGAAAGAAUACAAAACCCAUAUCUCUGGACCUCUUAUAUUUACAAGCGGAACUGGAUGGAGAAAAAGAAUCCCCCAGGAAUACAGAAUGAGAAAUUCCUCUUCCAUGGAACACCAGCACAGAACUGCUCAUCCAUCAUUGAAAAUGGACUAAAAAGCACCUGUAGGGAAAAUGGACGGUAUGGCCAGGGGAUCUACUUUGCAGUGGAUGCUCAUUUGUCCUCCCACUAUUGUGGAAAAAGCCACCAAGGAUCCAAGCAUAUGUUCCAGACCUUUUUGUUCCUGGUGUCUCCUUGGCUUCGAGACCCCUGGAGUGCCCAAACACUGUGGCAUCCAGUGGCAUCUGGAUAG